AUGGCGCCGCGAGGCAACCAAAUGUUGGGCAAUGCCCACUUCCGUAAGCAUUGGACGAAACGUAUAAAAACUUGGUUCAACCAGCCCGGUCGCAAGCUUAGAAGACGUGAAAACCGUCAGAAAAAGGCCGUUGCCAUUUCUCCUCGUCCAAUUGCCGGUCUUCUCAGGUCUGUGGUCCGUUGCCCUACUCAACGUUACAAUAGAAAAGUCAGACUAGGUCGUGGAUUUACCAUUGAAGAACUGAAAGCUGUUGGCAUUGGCAAGCGAGAAGCCAGAACUAUUGGCAUCGCUGUUGACUACAGGAGAACGAACAAGUCUCUUGAGAGUCUGAAGGCCAAUGUUGAGCGUCUGAAGGAGUACAAGUCUAAGCUGAUUCUAUUCCCCAAGAAGCUCAGCGCACCGAAGAAAGGAGACAGCAACCCAGAAGAGCUCAAGGUGGCCGCUCAGCUCCAUGGCGACAUCAUGCCGGUGUCCAAUGUUAUUGAGUACGAAGCUCCUCGCGCAAUCACCGAGGCUGAGAGGAAGACCGAAAUCUACCGCCAUCUCAGGCGGGUACGUGCUGAUAAGAAGUAUGCCGGUAUUCGUGAAAAGAGGGCUAGGGAAGCUGCUGAAGCCGACAAGUAA